AUGACGAAAACAAGAGUUGGAAAACCAUCUGCAGAUGAAAUUAAAGCUGGUACGGUCGUUUUGAUCAACGGAUACCAAGUAGGCGUAACGGUGGUAGCUCUAGCUUCGGGUUGGAAUGUUCGGAAGUGCUUUCCUCACCUUGAUCCCUUCUCAGCAUGGUUCUACACCACUGCAUACAGAUGGGGUCUUAGACAUUUGAGCAUGAUACCAGAAUGGCUAAAGAGCUCUAAUUACGAUUACAUCGACACACAAAGGGCUUGGAGAAGGCGCUUUUAUUAUAUGGACCGUUUCGUACCAGAGUGGAUGCGAUGGUUCCUGCCUCAUGUGUGGGACUGGAAGGUCGAAGAACACCAGUGGAGAAGAUACCAUAGAUACGCUGAACCUUCCUUCUCUAAACACUUUCACUACCCUGGUGAAGUGUUCGACGAUUGGAAAUCGGAAGAAUCGACGGAGACUGUCGAAAACCUGGACAUAUCAGACUUCUCGCUUGAUAAUAAUAAAACUGAUUAUUAA